GUGGAAAGACAUCCUUUCGUACGAUGUGGUUCCAUGAUUUUGCGGUGGUGCAUAUGGAAGGGAGGCUUUUUGUUGAAGUUCUAUGUAGUUUGAUGAACUUCCAUCAGUCAACGCAGCCGUUCAGUCUCGAUCUGCGUUUGCGACAUUGACUUGCCUUGCUUGCUUAUAUAUCUUUGAACGUAGAGUAGUCACGUUUCGUAGUUUCAUCGUGACGUUAGUUAUAUAUAUGUAUGGCUUGAAGGGCUCGGCUCCCUUCAAAGAUAUACAUUGCUGAUAUAUGAUGUAUAUAUACAGUCUUUUGCGACUGUCAUCAAAGUCUUAUUUAUACCAUGAGCGUUUCGCUUUAUGUUGAAGCAUCUUCAGUGGUAAGGUUUUUCGUUUCCUACUUAAUACUUAACGUUGAUCUACACACAGGGGCGACUUCUUCUGUGUUCCAGAGUUUUGCUAAAUAAUGGAAUCACAAAAAGCACUGUGCGAAGUGUGCGGUAAAACUUUUAUCUUCAGGAAGAAUUUGUACAAACAUAUGAGACAAUGCCACGACAUGGACGUAAAUUUAAAUCUGGAGUUUUAUGAAAUAAUGGAAUCUCUAAAAGCACUGUGUGAAGUAUGUGGUAAGACUUUUACGUUCAGGAAGAAUUUAUACAAACAUAUGCGAAAACGACACAAUGUCGAUGUAAAUAAUAAGGAUAAAGAGAGGUGUAAGAUUUGUGGCAAAAUGUUUUCGAGCGUCGCAUCAUUACGUCGUCACAUCAGAAUACACAGUAUAGCAUGCAGAAAGGUAUCGUGCACAGAGUGUAAUGAUUUUAUGUGCCGUUCGAUGCGAGACCUAAGAAACCAUCUAGAAUGUCAACAUGGAAUUAAGAUUAAAAGAGAAGAAAUGGAGUUUGAAUCUAUGGAACAGUUCCUUCAGUGGAAAAUAAUGAUGGAAGGUGAAAAGUGUGUCUCAUUUGUAAAGAAAGGUGGUGGGAUAAUAGACCCAGAGAGGUUUAAAACUUAUUAUUUCUGCCACCGUUCAGGAAAUGUCAUAAAAUCAGGUAUGGGUCUAAGGCUGAGGGGGCCGUCAGUCAAAAUUGGCCGCACGUGUCCUGCAUCUUUGAUAGUGACAAAGAUGCCAUCAGGAAAAGUCAGUGUCCAGUUCUAUGCGACACACACAGGCCACAACUUCUCUGUGGGUUCACUGCACCUCACUCCUGCUGAUAGAGCAAUGGUCGCUGACUUAAUUGCAAGUGGACUAACAGACACAGAAAUUUUAAAUAAAAUAAGAGAUGGUGCCCAUGACAGUUGCUUUAAAAGGGUGCAUAUGUUAAAAAGGAAAGACAUUUAUAAUAUCAAAAAACAGUAUAAACUAGAUACUUCUUUAAAUAGGAAAGAAGUAGUUAGUGUGGAACAGCCAUCAUCAGUUAUAAACAUUGAGAACUUGCAAACUGCAGCACAGAACAGAUGUCAGCUGCUAAAAGAAAUUAUGGCAAGUGUUGGCAAUGAAAACAUUGGUCAUUAUAUUGAGUCACUGGACAGACUAAUACGACAAGUCGGUGUAACUAUUGCAUCUCAGAAACAGAAUUUUAGUGGUAGACAAGAACUCCCUGGACCUCUACAUGACCAUACGUAUGUCUGACCCAUUAGUACCCACAACAAUUUUUGUCUGAUUUAAAAAAUUUUUACUAUUUUGUUGUCUUAUCUUAAUUAACUACAAAAUUGUUAUUAAGAUAAAAUUUAGAUAAAUAAUGCCCACAGAACAGAGCAACAAUGAAUGUGAGCAGUGGGAAUAUGUUAUAAUUUCUUGUUAUAACCAGCUUUUAUGAUACUUAAUUUGAAUUCAAAUAUUUAUUCAGUGCUGUUUGCUGAUAAACAACACUUAAACAUUUCUUGUUGUUCUUCCAAAAAAAAAAAAAUAAAAUAAAAUAAAAUAAAAUA